AUGCUACGGAAUACUGCCAAUCACCCACCCAAACCCGCUCCCCAACCGCCGAAACCCAUGACACAGUCUGGGCUCCGGGCUAUCAAACGUUUUUUUGACGAUGAUGAAGAGGAAGCAUCUCCCAAGAAAAGCAGUCAAGCCUCCAUCCCGAUUCCGUGGUCAGCUUCGCCCAUCCGACCUGUCAGGCCAACGCCGCUGAAAAACACGAUAAACACAGAGGAUCUCUUUUCAAAGAUCAAGCAGGCUAGUGACAGUUUGUUGGCAGGCGAAAAGGAAGUCAUAAAGGCGAAGCAAAAGCUGGAUCAAAAGAUUGCAGAGAGGGGUAACUUGAUGAAAUCUAGAGGACUGGAAACUGCGUCAUCUCGUCCCCCCAAGCGCAAGUCCGAGGUCGUCGAGUUAUCCGACAGCGAGGACGAACCUACUCCAAAGCGUCGACAUGUUCAACCACCACAGGCGUCGGUACCACCAGCAACAGCAGCUUCUACAGCUGUAAAAGUAAUGCCCUGGGAGCAGGAUCACAAAAACAUGAAGCUGCCUGCCGACAACCAGCCGCUCGUGACCAACAAGCCCAAGGUGUCCAAACCUUUGGACCUUGUGAACCUAUCUACUCAGCAAAAGAACAUUCUGUCUGUUGUAAUGGAGGGGAAGAAUGUCUUCUUUACAGGUUCGGCAGGAACCGGCAAGUCUGUCUUGCUUCGCAGAAUCAUCAAGGAGCUUCGUUCAAAGUAUUCGAAAAGUCAGGAUGUGAUUGCCAUCACCGCGUCCACGGGUAUUGCGGCCUGUAACAUCGGUGGAGUCACAUUGCACUCGUUUGCUGGUGUCGGACUCGGAGCGGGGACCCCAGCAGAACUUGCGGCAAAGAUUAAGAAGAAUCAAAAGGCGUCCAGCCGUUGGUCGAGAACCAAAGUUCUGAUCAUAGAUGAAAUAUCAAUGCUCGAAGGAGAUUUCUUCGACAAACUGGAGAAGACUGCUCGCAUUGUAAGACGCAAUCAUGCGGACAAGCCCUUCGGAGGCAUUCAGCUUGUUUUGACGGGAGAUUUCUUCCAAUUACCCCCGGUCACCAAAGGCAGCUCGCCAAAGUUCGCCUUCAACGCCGAGUCAUGGUCUUCAUGCCUUCAUCACACAUUCAACUUAACCAAAGUGUUCCGACAGAAGGACCAAGCCUUUGUCGAUAUUCUCAACGAGAUGCGCCGCGGUAUCAUCUCUGAUUCUGCGGCCAAAGUCUUCCUGGCUCGCAGUGGCCCUUUGCCAGUCGAUGAGAUUGAACCAACAGAACUGUUCCCUCGCCGUGAAGACGUAGACAGGGCCAACCACGAGCGACUUCAGCGAUUGACAGGGAAAUCUCAUGAAUACGUUGCAAGCGACGGUGGAUCCGCAGAAGAGCGUACUAGGGCGAAUGUUCUAGCAAACUUUAUGGCACCGGCACGCCUCGUCCUCAAAAAGGGCGCUCAGGUCAUGAUGAUUAAGAAUGUGGAUGAGCAACUCGUCAACGGUACCGUCGGCAAGGUCAUUGACUUCAAGACCGAGUCCGAGUGGGCGGAUAGUCAACGGGGUUAUGGAUCUAGCUUGGAAGGAGAUAAUGAAGCAGACGCCUCCAAGCCAAAAGACAAGUCGAAAUCCAAAGCUCAGGUGCAGAAAUGGCCCGUUGUGGAAUGGAAGAUUGUGGGCUCUCGACAUACGCGUACAGACCUCAUACGCGCGGAGACGUUCAAGAUUGAAGGUCCGAACAAUAAGGUUGAAGUCAGUCGUAUGCAGCUUCCACUCAUUCUCGCAUGGGCCAUGAGCAUCCACAAAUCGCAGGGCCAGACUCUGGAGAGGGUCAAAGUAGAUUUGAACAAGGUCUUUGAGAAAGGUCAAGCCUACGUCGCCAUUUCCCGAGCGACAUCUCUCGAGGGCCUUCAAGUUGUGGGAUUCCAGAAGAACAAAGUCUUUGCUCACCCAGCUGUGAUUGAAUGGAGCAAGACACUCUCAUCGUAG